AUGUUGAUGAGCAGAAAGGGGGAGCUGGCUCCGUCGUACGUAUGCUAAUCCGCUCCCGAAUAUGGACACGGGGAAUGAAAUAUGGCGGAGAAAGCGAACAUGGAGAAACGAGCACUGAGAGAGCCCCGCCGCGCUGAUUUUGGAGGGUUGUAGAAAGAAGAGGAGGAAAGUGGAUGUACCCCCGGUGGGACUUUUUCCAGUGGAAAGUUUUGUAUCUGCGUCUCUUUUCUCCAGCGCGUCCAGGUCGAUUGGUUGUAAUGCAGUGAGGAGCGACUUUUUCAGGGGGAUAAAGCAGGGCAGGGGGCUGCAGCCCUCUCACCGUCUCGACGCUAUGCCGUGGGUCAGCGGCGGAAAGCGGAGAGAGAGCUCGGAACUGCCGCUGCCCGCGGGCUGGGAGGAAGCCCGGGAUUACGAUGGCAGAGUGUUUUUCAUCGACCACAACACCCGGCAAACUUCAUGGAUUGACCCCAGAGAUAGGAUCACCAAACCGCUGACGUUUGCUGACUGUGUUGGAGAUGAACUGCCUCUCGGGUGGGAGGAAGUUUAUGACCAACAAGUGGGAGUUUACUACAUCGACCACAUUAACAAGACCACCCAGAUUGAGAACCCGCGGACUCAAUGGCGGCAGGAGCAGGAACACAUGCUGAAGGAGUACCUUGUGGUGGCCCAGGAGGCCCUCAAAGCCAAGAAGGAGAUAUACCUGGUCAAGCAGCAGCGACUGGAGCUGGCUCAGCAGGAAAUGAUGCUCUUCCACGAGCUCUCUGAGGACAAUCGCUCCAUCACCAGCACGGUCUCUGGCUCCUCCUCAAACGCGAAAUACGACCCUGACCAAAUCAAAAUGGAAAUAGCCUGUAGACGAGAGCGGCUCUCCCGACUGAAGCAGGAGCUGGCCCAGGUGAAGCAGGAGCUGCAGUAUAAGGAAAUGGGAGUGGAGACCCUGCAGGAGAUUGACAGAAAGAUGUCCUCCAGUCAGACAAACUACAAGCUGGACGAGGCUCAAGCCAUCUUCAACGAACUGCGUAGCAUCAAGAAGGCCAUCAGCACAGGCGAGAAGGAGAGGCAGGACCUCAUCCAGAGCCUGGCUAAGCUGACUGUUAACUUCCAAAGCAGCUUGUCGGUGAGCGAUUCGGCCAGCGAGGUGGCGAACAGCACUGGAACCGUGGGUGACUCGUGCAAUCUGCAGCAGUACUGUGACACUGGCUGUCAGACUGACAUCAUGGGGGAGUAUGUUUCCCAAGAUUCCUCAUAUUUGGUGGACAAAGUGAAACUGAACUGGCAGUACGAGGAAGCCAAGAAAAAGGUGCAGAGCAUACAGCACCAGCUAGCACAGCUGGACAGUGAGAGCUGGUCGGGGCGGGCCGAGGCAGACCGCGACCGGGACUUCUUGCAACUCCUGCGCGAGAAGGAGGCCCUCCUGCAGGAGAUCAUUCAUGUCAGCAAGCAGCAGCACCUGCCGGAGAAGCUGCUGGAGCUGGAGGAGGAGCGCUCCAGGCUGGAGGAGGAAGUGCAGAGGGCACAGAGCUCCCAAAGCCAGGGAGCCAAUCAGAGGAUCCUGCAGCAGGAGAAGAGGAAUGUUCUGCUGAGACAGCUGGAGGAGGCAACACGCAUCACCACCUACCUUCACUCCCAGCUGAAAAGCCUGUCGGCCAGUUCUUUGACCGUGUCGUCCAGCAGCAGCCGCGGCUCUUUAGCCUCCAGUCGGGGUUCCCUGGCGUCCAGCCGAGGCUCCCUCAGCUCCAUCAGUUUCAGUGACAUCUACGGUCUCCCCCAAUAUGAGCGCCACGAGGGCGCUGGAGAGCCCCUUGACCCUCACCUCCGUUACCUGCUUCCCCCAGAGACCGUCUCCAGAGACUGCUCCAUGUUUACCCCCGACCCUCUGACCCAGAGCAAAACCAAACGCUCCCACGACACCCCGCAGUCCCUGGCUUCGCUGUCCUCCCGCUCCUCGCUCUCCUCCCUGUCCCCGCCCAGCUCGCCAAUGGACACACCCUACCACUCUGCCCCUCAGGACUGCCCCCUCACCCAGAUGACGGAGGAAUACAUGGAGCAGGCGGGUCGCGGUAUUUUAGAGGGGCUGCGGGCGCAGUCACACACCUCCAUGAUAAGCAGUGAGGAAACAGUCAGCCCGGCUGCUGCUGUGCAUCAACUGGAUAACAAGAUUCACAGAGACAGCGGGGCUCAGGCGGCUUUCACCUCCACAGGAGUUACUCUGAGGGGAAACAGUGCAAACAGAAGUGGCAGGAGAGCCAGGAGAGUCUCUGCAGGUGUUUCUGAGGAUGCUCUGGCCACCGACAGCGGGGUGUUUGAGGCCUGGGGCAGAAGGGCGGAGGAGUUUGAUGAGAUGUCAUACAUGAAAGAGCUGACGUCUGCGAGCGAGCCCACCCAGAUCCAACUAGGACUGCUGUGGGAGUCCAGUUCUCAGUCUCUGCGACUGCAUCUGUUACAACUCCAAAAUUUAAAUAGGUCAAUUGUGAGAGACGGCUAUAAAGUGUAUGUGAAGGUGCACCUGAUUUCACUGGACGCCAGCAGGGCCUGUGCGUUUUACUGUUGUACAGCAUUGGAGCCACAAUCCCAGAUGACUUUCAACGAAGGCUUCCGCAUUCCUGUCCCAGCAAACGCCCUGGCGGUGUGCGUUCUGCAGCUGUCUGUCUGCUCACUGGGACCUCAGGCUCAGGAAGAGCUGCUGGGUAAAGCCCAGGUGAGCCUGGCAGAUUGUGAGGGGAGCCCAGAGAUGGUUUACCACUGGCUGCGAGUGCAGAUGUUGAGUGGGACAGAGUCACAGAGGCCUGAACAGAGGAACGUCAUCCAACGCAGACACCAGGAUGGCCAGGUUGACGAACAAAGGCCCGGAGCCAUGGACACUGCAUGCAAUCUGCUGUCACGCAACACCCCCACCCACCUGGAGGAGCGGGAGAAGAAGGACGAGCCUGGGGAGGCAGCGUCGGAAAGGAGUUGGCAGGCGGAGUCAGUCGACAACGGCUGCAGCAACAGCAUUGCAUUCGCCGCUCCCUGCUCAGAGGGCCUGUGUGCAGAGGGAAUCUGCAUCACCACUGGAAGACGCUGUGAUCAGACGGUGGGCAAACCCUCAACAAUCAAGGUAGAAAAGGCGACCAUGACAGAAGGCAUGUUCCCGGAGCCAGUGCGAGUCAGACCUAAAGAGCGGGGAGGCCGCUGGGGUCACACCUCGCCGUUCAUGCGUGGUAGCACCAUUGUUCGCUCCCAGACCUUCUCACCGGGCGCUCGUAAUCAGUAUGUGUGCAGGCUGUAUCGCAGUGACAGUGACAGCUCAACUCUACCAAAGAAGUCGCCUUUUGUUAGAAACACAUUGGAAAGAAGAACACUGCGAUUUAAGCAGCAGUCGUACCGCUCCCCCCUGGCCGAGCAGCCGACGCGCACCUCCCUGGACCUGGAGCUGGAUCUCCAGGCCUGCAGGACCCGUCAGAGGCAGCUGAUGGAGGAGCUGAGCGCCCUGAGAGAGCUGAAGCUGCGACUGGAGGAGCCGCAGUCCAGGGAGGCCACCGAGCUCCCUAACUGGGCGCUGAGGGACGAGCGCUUUCGAUGCCUGCUCAGAGAGGCCCAGAGACAGGCCAACCAAAGCAAGCAGGAGCAACGUCAGGAAGAGGCGGCAGAGAGGAGGCUGAGGAAGGCCUCUAAGGAGGUUCUACAGAUGAGAGGGCAGAGCCAGAAGGAGCCGCUGCCUGUGCAGACGUUCAGAGAGAAGAUGGCUUUUUUCACAAGACCAAGGUUCAACAUACCUCCUUUGCCGGCUGACGAUGUAUGAGAGCUCGUCUGUGUAUUAUGUGACUAAACAUGAAGUAUUUGUGCUUUUUUUUUUUUUUUUUUUUUUUUUUUUUCUUUUCUUUUUUUUUUUUUUUUUUGAGCUCAUGAAGUACAAAGAUUUCUUCUAAGGCCACGGCGACGUGACCAGCAGACUAUGAAGACUCAAAGCUCAAAGGUUUCACAUUUUCAGAAACAUUUGUGUGAUUAUUGUAAACACAAACACACUAAAGAUGCACAGUUAUCGACGACAGCGCGGCUGCUCGUUUCCUUUUUGAGGAAAGUGACUUCAAACAAUUUCCCUCUCUACUCCUGUAUGACUUUCUUCUGUUUGUGCUUACAAAAGGCUGGAAGACGGGAACAAAAGUCAGUUUGAACAAAUUCACUGUACUGUAACUUAUUUUAUAGUACUUUUCCUUGAAGGAAAUAAAAAAGAACUCUUCCUGCUUUUUUAAAGUGUAUUUUGUAGCUUUGAACAAAUAGCACUUCAGUGUUUUUACAUACAGUAAAAUUGAAUUAUUGUCUGA